GUGUGGUCAAACAUGGUACUGCACUUUGACACUUAAGUGACGUCACUGAUGCGCCAGUUGAAGUUGAUUGAGAAAUCCUCACCUCACCUUACAAACCGCGAACGACAGCCAAACUCUGUCAUGGACGAGGGGACCUUGCACCUGGGUCCAUACAGCUGUUCCCAGGUUGGACACUGCCUGCGGUGAUCAGCAUCCACCAAAAGUGGUCCAAAGACGGAAGACAGGUGAACCAGCGACAGGAUCAUGGCCGAUUAAGGGUCAUCAGUGUGGGAGCGAAGGCUGGCUCGUGUGGUCUGAUUCAACAGAAGAGGGCAACAAAUGGAAAUGUCUGCCGAUAGGUUAAUGUGGCCAUUCUUCAGAAAUAUGAGGAGAGGAGAGAUGACUGCGGCUGACACGGGGCAGCGUGCAGAUCAUGAAGAUGAUGGUCAUGAACACCAGCAGGAUAAGAUGCUCCACCUCCUCGGCCAUCGACAUCGCCUUGCGAUCACUGCUCGGCCUUUUCAUCGUCAUCAUGGAGCCGCAAUUCCUCUUCCGACGUUGGUACAUCUUGGACAGCUGGCCGGCUCCACGAUGCAGAGAGGGCGACUGUUCGCGGUGUGUGUGCUCUGCUGGAGCGUCAGCGUGUGUGUGGUUGAAGGCAUCCAGAGGGCUGAUCUGUUCCCUUACGGUCCUCUGAGUGGAGAUCUGAUCCUGGCAGAGGGCGACGAUGAAACGUCCAAAGUGCUGACCCUGCCCAGACCCUUAUACUUCUACGACUCCCUGUUCUCCCAUCUAUAUGUGGCUACCAAUGGCAUCAUCUCCGCCCAGGAUUUGCCCAUGGAGAAGCAGUAUGUGGAUGAUGGCUUCCCCACAGAUUUCCCGGCAGUGGCUCCGUUUCUGGCGGACAUCGACACGACUGGAGGGCGAGGGCAGAUUUACUACAGGGUGACCGAGACGCCCAGCGUGCUCAACAAACUGGCACAGGAGGUACACCGAGGCUUCCCGGACGCCAAAUUCACCCCCACGCACGUCGUCGUCGCUACAUGGGAGAACGUUGCGGCGUACAAAGAGCCAUCGCGAACCACCGCGCCGUCCUCUAAGGUGAAUACAUUCCAAGCAGUGAUUGGUUAUGAUGAGAUAGACUCCUACACUCUCUUCCUGUACCCUGAAGGUGGCCUGAACUUCUUUGGGACGCGCCCAAAGGAGUCUUAUAACGUGGAGAUAGAACUGCCUGCUAGAGUUGGCUUCAGCAGAGGCGAAAUCACAUAUUUAAUCUUCUCUCGGACCGAGGGGCCUCACUACAGCGUCACCAGCGACGAGCAAUCUGUUAAAAACCUCUACCAGGUUGGUAACACUGGCAUCCCGGGAGUCUGGCUGUUCCACACUGGAAACCAGUACUCCCUCCACAACAUCGUUCCUGCAUCCAUCAGCGGCAUCCUCGCUACACCCCCCGCUGGAGGACACGGCCUCUCUCUGGACACCACCACCCCUGAAUACGCCGAGUUCGAGGAGUAUCCGGACAACACUUUCGACCCCGAUAACCUGGAGGAGGAUGACGACUACCCUUUGACAGGCGAAGACUCAGAAUUCCAGCCUGCUCCUGCCGGCGGCGACCAAUCUGAGCCCCUUCGACCUUCUCUACCUGAUGCUCCCUCGUCCCCUUCUGAGGAGUCUGAUCAGCAUGGCAGAGAAGAUGUACCGCUGACCUCUGAACCCAGGUUCCAUCAAGAGCCUGCAGGGAGGCAGUAUGCUCCGGCGAAUCCAGACUCUCAGGAUCAGCAGCCACAAGCUCCUCUGGAGGUGGUGGAUGUCUACCCCCCUCAAAGAAAUGAACCCCCACUCUCCCCCGGAGGCCACGUGGUCAGCGUGGAUGAAGAUGAUGUUGAUUUUGACACAGGAGUGAUUCAGUACACAACAGAGAAUAAGGAAACAUGUGCCAGAUUCCAGCAGCAGUGCUCCCAGAAUGCAUUCUGCUCUGACUACUCCACAGGCUACUGCUGCCACUGCCAGCCUGGUUUCUACGGAAAUGGACGCCACUGCCUACCCGAGGGUGCUCCUCAGAGAGUUAGCGGUAAAGUGAGCGGGACGGUGAUUGUGGGCUCCACGCCAGUGGAUCUGAAUAACAUCGACCUGCAUGCCUACAUCGUGGUGGGAGACGGGAGAGCAUACACGGCCAUCAGUGAGGUACCCGAGCCUGUGGGUUGGGCUCUGAUGCCGCUGGCGCCGAUCGGAGAGCUGUUCGGAUGGUUGUUUGCACUGGAGCUGCCCAAUAGCCAAGCAGGGUUCAAAAUCACAGGUGCCGAGUUCACUCGCCAUGCAGAGGUGGUCUUCUACCCCGGAAACCAGCGCCUGUCAAUCAUCCAAACUGGCCGUGGCCUCGACGACCACAACCACCUCACUGUGGACACUGCAGUCAACGGAAACGUCCCCUUCCUGCCUCCUGGAGCUGAAAUCACCAUGGAUCCCUUCAAGGAGACCUACCAGUACUACCCAUCUGUCGCUACCUCCACCUCAGUGAGAGAGUACACCGUAGUGUCGGCUGAUCGAGGCUCAGAGUCCUUCUCCUUCCAGCUGAAGCAGAACAUCACCUACCGCGACUGCCGGCACGACAACCGCGCUAGCACGCCGGAGACGCUGCAGAUCACCAUGGAGAGGGUGUUUGUGAUGUAUGUGAAGGAGGAGAGGAUCCUGAGAUACGCCAUCACCAACAAGAUCAGCCCAGUCGGAGUUGAACCCACCGGGCCGGAGCUGGUGAACCCGUGCUACGCCGGAAACCACGACUGUGACACGACGGCGCAGUGUAUCCCACAGGAGGGUCAGGACUUCCAGUGCCAGUGUGCCACAGGAUACAGAGGGGACGGACGCAACUGCUAUGACAUCGAUGAGUGCGCGGAGAACCUGAGCUCCUGCGGUGCUCACGCUCAGUGCGUGAACCUGCCUGGUAGCCAUCGCUGUCAGUGCCAGGGCGGCUACGAGUUCGGCUUCGACGGCCGGACCUGCGUUGAUAUAGAUGAAUGCAGCUCCUCUCCGUGUCACAUCAAUGCCAGAUGUAUCAACGGGCUGGGUUCCUUCCAGUGUCAGUGCCGGCCAGGAUUUUAUGGCGAUGGUUUCUAUUGUUCUCCGCAGGAAGGACAGACAGGUCGUCCAAAGACCCAGUGUGAGCAGCACAGAGACAGCCUGCAGAGCGGAGAACCAGGAAGUCAACCAAGCCUUGGCGCCUUCAUCCCGCAGUGCGACUCUGACGGACAGUACCGAUCCCUGCAGUGUCACGGCUCCACUGGACAUUGUUGGUGUGUGGAUAUCAGAGGGCAGGAGAGAGCGGAAACCAGGACUCCACCUGGGACAGCAACAAAGGACUGUGACAAACCAGAUGAGCCAGAGCGUCCCAAAACUCACUGUGAGCACCACAGAGACGGCGUCCAGACCACCAGUCCAGAGGGUUAUCCUAUCGUUGGAGCUUUUGUACCUCUGUGCGACACUAACGGACGCUACGUUCCUUUGCAGUGUCAUGGUUCCACUGGACAUUGUUGGUGUGUGGACAGAAACGGACAGGAGAGAUCGGGAACCAGGACACCACCUGGUACAACACCGACAGACUGCGACAAACCAGAUGAGCCAGAGCGUCCCAAAACCCACUGCGAGCACCACCGAGACAGCGUCCAGACCACCAGUCCAGAGGGGUACCCUAUCAUUGGAGCCUACGUACCCCAGUGUGACGCUAACGGAGAGUACAGAUCAUCACAGUGCCAUGGUUCCAGCGGGCAUUGUUGGUGCGUGGACAGAACAGGACAGGAGCGAACAGGAACCAGGACACCUCCCGGUACACCACCGAGAGACUGUGACAGACCAGAUGAGCCAGAGCGUCCUAAAACUCACUGCGAGCACCACAGAGACAGCGUUCAGACCACCAGCCCAGAGGGCUAUCCUAUCAUUGGAGCUUACGUACCUCAGUGUGACGCCAGUGGACUGUACACGCCACUGCAGUGUCAUGGCUCCUCUGGACAUUGCUGGUGUGUAGACAGAAACGGACAGGAGAGAGAUGGAACCAGGACAUCACCCGGUGCACCACCAACAGACUGUGACAAACCAGAUGAACCACAGCGUCCACAAACUCACUGUGAGCACCACAGAGACAGCGUCCAGACCACCAGCCCAGAAGGAUAUCCGCUAUUUGGAGCUUAUGCCCCUCAGUGUGAUGCUAACGGACAGUACAUACAACUGCAGUGUUACAGCUCGACUGGGGAAUGCUGGUGUGUGGACAGUACAGGAGAAGAGAGAGUAGGAACCAGGACCUCAGCUGGAUCACAACCACCAGACUGUGACAAACCAGAAGAACCACAGCGUCCCAAAACUCACUGUGAGCACCACAGAGACAGCGUCCAGACCACCAGUCCUGAGGGAUACCCUCUGUAUGGAGCUUACGCACCUCAGUGUGAUACUAACGGACAGUACACGCCGUUACAGUGUCACAGCUCGACUGGGCACUGUUGGUGCGUGGACAGUACUGGGCAGGAGAGAGCAGGAACCAGGACCUCAGCUGGAGCACAACCACCAGACUGCAACAGACCAGUCCCCGUGGCUCCGACCCAGCAUCCUGAGAGUGUGUGUGAGCGAUGGAGGGCCAGUUUGAUCGCGCACUACGGUGGAAAACCAGAGGCACAGCAAUAUGUGCCUCAGUGCGAGGCAGACGGGCAAUUCAAUCCUGUCCAGUGUUACGGAGAGACCACUUACUGCUGGUGUGUGGACCAAGAUGGACGUGAGGUUCCUGGUACCCGAUCACAUGAUCCAGUCAAACCUGCAUGCCUUCCCUCAGUGGCCCCGCCCACUGUGCGCCCAUUGCCCCGCCCAGAUGUGACCCCUCCCCCAAAUGCUGACGUCAGCCUGCUGUACGCUCAGGGGCAGAAAAUAGGAGUGCUGCCUCUCAACGGGACCAGGCUAGACCCAAGCCGGUCCAAAACACUGCUAACUCUACAUGGCUCUAUAGUUGUUGGUAUCGCUCAUGACUGCAAAGAGAACCGAGUCUACUGGACGGAUUUGUCUGCAAGAACGAUCAACAGAGCUUCGUUGGCGCAUGGAGCCGAGCCGGAGAUCCUCAUUAACACAAACCUGGUGAGUCCAGAAGGUUUAGCCGUGGAUGUCAAACGCAGGUUGAUGUUCUGGGUCGACUCAAACCCCGACAUGAUCGAGACCGCAAACCUGGAUGGCAGCGGGAGGCGGACGCUGUUCGACUCUGACUUGGUCAACCCCAGAGCCAUCAUCGUGGUCUCCUCUACCGGGACUCUCUAUUGGACGGAUUGGAACCGGGAGGCUCCAAAGAUCGAGUGUUCGUCCGUGGACGGUCAGAACCGCAGAGUGGUGGUGUCGGAAGGGAUCGGUUUGCCCAACGCUCUCACGUAUGACUUGUCAUCAGGACAGAUCUGCUGGGCUGAUGCAGGUACAAAGCGUUUAGAGUGUGUGUCCCCAGACGGUUCAGGUCGAAGAGUGAUCCACCCCAGCGUCAACUACCCGUUCAGCAUGGUCUACUACAGGAACCACUUCUACUACACUGACUGGAGGAGGGACGGAGUGAUCGCAGUGAGCAAAGACAGCAGCCAGUUCACUGACGAAUACCUGCCGGAUCAGCGCUCUCACCUGUACGGCAUCGCCAUCGCAACCAGCCAGUGUCUAUGAGGGAGCCAUUAACGACGGACUGGCAGCCAGAGUCCUUGGUGCUAAAUCUCACGGGGGGAUCCCGAACAAAGAGGGCAGGACCACCUGAAAAAGCGCUCUCUCCAGUACCCCCCCUAAAAGAGGGAUACUCAGCAGGAAGCAAGAUGGCUUCCUAUCGCUAGAUCGACCGUCAGAGCAAAUCUACAACCCCUCCACUCACCCUGAACCUGACCCCGUUAUCACACCUUAAAGAUAUAACCCCAAAUUAAUUUUUUGUAAAUUUGUUUUAUACCUCAUUUUUAGUUUUUUUUUUUUUUUCUACUGUAUUUUUGUACGUGAGUUGUUUUUUGUUUUUUCUAUCAAUUAAAGCUACAGGAGAUCCGAUUUGUAAAAUGUAUGUGAGUGUAGGUUUUUCUGUUCUUUUUAAAGCCAAAGAAGAAUCACAUGAAGAGAUUUUCAACGUGUUCGAGCCAAAGUUCUGUCGGGAAGCCGAGCAUCCGUUUCCUCUCUGGUCUGCUGUUCCACAGCGGCGUUCAGUUUCCGUGAUGAGGAGAGUUAGACGUGAAGAUUUCUACAACUCUCAUGUUUCCCCUACUGUUCAGUCUUAAUGCUAAGCUAAGCUAAAUCUUUGCUUAUUUUGCUUACGUAGACAACAGGUCUGUCCUAUUUGUUUACUUGCUGAGAGUUAGAUGUGAAGAUUACCACUCGAUUGUAUGUUGUAUAAUAAGCUAGCUAGACAGUAGUUAGCUUACUAGCAUAAAGUGAAGAAAGCUAGCUUUGCCAGAUAACCAACAAACAAAUUAUGUUUAUUGUUAGAGUUUCAAUUAAAACAGAAAGUUUCUCAGCUAUUUCUCGGCAGGUAUUCAUGCUAGCUGUUUCUCCCUUACUGUAGUGUUAAUGCUAUGCUAAGCUAAGUGUUCCUCUGUAACAUCACCCGACCUCACCCGUAUAUUUUGUACGUUAAAGUAAACACAAGAUUCAAAUGUUUCGAUUUAAGGGAAUUCUCAGGUAUAUUUUGGGGAUAGCUAGGCUAGCUGUUUUCCGUUUUGUUUAGUCUUCAUGCUAAGCUAUGCUAAUCACUAGCUUUCUUUUUUUUUUUCAAAUUUAGAAUUAAAUUAGAUUCAUAUACAUCUGUCUUCUUUGUUCACUUGCUAAGAGUUAAACAUGGAAUUAGCUGUUAUGUCUGGGCGCGACUGAUACAUCUAGAGCUAGCUAUUUCUUGGAGGUCAGCCUUUUACUCUGUUUUAUGCUAGGUUAAGCUAACUCCUGGCUUUAGCUUAAUAUUUAGGAUACAACACAUGACAGUGGUAUUUGUCUUCUCAUCUAAUGUUAAGCAAGGAAGCUAAAUGUAUUUACCAAAACUGUCAAACUUUGACCAGCUAUAAUUUGACUGAUGGGAAAUGAAAUUACCCACCCAAUGAAAUGUCACAUUCUUCUUCUAUGCCAAAUAUUUUUGCUACAUCUACUCUUCAAAUCUUUCUCUUUUUAUAAGAUGUGAUAUUUAUAACAAUAAAAUGUGAUUUGGUACUUGA